AUGAAGUCGGCUCAAGGUUGCAAGCCGCUUCGGAUAACACUCUUCGAAGAGGUAUCACGAUUAAACGCAUCUAUUGCGGGAAUUGAGAUAGUUGCUAGUGACGUCUUUGACUCAGUAUCCACUUUGGCAGACUUUAUACAGGACGAGGCUGGGCCUAUAGUUGUACAGGGCCUGGAAACUUACAUUGAUAGCAUACUUUUACUGGCAGAUCAGUUCAUCGAUGAAGUCUUGAGAAGGAUUCAAGAUGAUAUGGGACGAUGUGGUAUUGUUCGUAACAUCUAUGAUGCUGUCGUCGGGUCGCUAUGUCUAUUUUUCUUGCCGGGUUUGAACGUCUUCUGGUUCGCCUUGUCGGCAGUCUCAUUCGCCCUUAUUCCCAGCAUCGUAUUCAAAGUCCGACUCGCUAAGUAUCUCCGACGUCCUACUCAUUAUGCUUCUCAAGGAGAACCUAUCUUCAACGGCGUCGCCGUCUAUCCUCCAACACCAAGUGGCACUCCCCAAAGCUCCACCCCGGGAACACCGUUGAGCAUGAGACGUGGCCUCAGUGAAAGUCUCGUCAACAUUAGAAUACCCCGUUCCUUGGCAUCCAAAAUCACUGGUUCAGGAAACCCAGAAAGUCACAAUUGAUAACGUCAUAAUCAUUACGAUCUUGCAACACCUAGUACGACGUAUAGAUACUGUGUAUAUUAUGUUUAGUCUAUACAGUAAGUUGAACUAGCAUAAAUUGAAAAAUAAAAUUGAAGAAUACAUUUUUAUUGAUGAAAUAAAAAGAUAAAACGAUAGAAAUAGAUAAGAAUAAUAAACGGCUGAAUUGAACAUAAAAUUAUAUCGAAUUGAAACAAAAUGAAAGCUAGGUGUCAUUUAAAUGCUUUAUUUAUUGGGGGAGCAAAUCAUUAAAGGUAAUCAUAUUUCACUGAUAAUGCAGUCGACCCCACCUUUUAAUACUAUUUUUAAUUAUAAUGGUAUUUCAAUUAAGUUUUGAUAAAUUGAUUUUCCUCACUAAAAUGUUAAUCUAUUGUAUAUUUGUAUAUAAUGUUGGCACUUUUUUUUUUACUUUGAUUAAAUUUCAAAUGAAACGAUA